AUGUUCCAUUGCCCCUUAUUCUUUCAUUUCCCCUCAAUCGCCUCUCCUCCCUCCAUUGCAUCUAUUCUCUCAUACCCCUCACUCCCCUCUCUCCCCUUCCCGCCCCUUGCGCCCGUUCGUUCUCCUCUCUCUCCGCUCUCUCGGUGCGCAGCUGCAUGGUUGCAGCAAGCACAGGCGGCCACGUACACCAUCCCUUGGGAUUUCCGCAAGACGAGACACGUGAAGCCUCCGUAUUGGAUGAUUCCUGGCGACAAACUCGUGUUCAAGUGGACGGACUCCGUAUGGCAUGAUCUGUGGAUAAUGGACGAUGAGAAAGCGUUCAAGAGCUGCGACUUCACUCGGGCAAAGCAACUCCGGCCGCUUGGUGUUGGCGGGCAGUACACGUAA